AUGGCGCCACACGCAAAUGGUACUGUCAAUGGCACAAAGCCAGUCGACCAUGCCUUUAUCAAAGAUGCAAUUGACAAGUCAAACCUAAACGCCUUGCGACUUGCGUUACUUCAAGUUACUGGGGAUCCUGACUUGGCCAACAUGCGCACUCGGCGCCACGCCAUUCGGGGCGGUGCUAUGUUUGCGCACGUCCUGUCAGAAGAAGAUGUUCCGGCCCUGAAAGAGAAAGUAUUCGCCUACUUAGUGGCGCGGGCGCCGGGUGAUUGCAUCCCACCACCGCCAUCGAAGGCCGAGGCCAAAAAGCUAACCGACCUCUUCGGUGAUGAGCCCGUCCCCGAGUGCGAGUACGACUAUCACUAUGAGGAGCUGGCGUACGAGGAAUUUCCUCGAGAUGCUAAAUGGACAGACAAGAAGCCUUCGGCCGAUAAAAUCGACAAAUUCAAGGUGGUGGUUAUUGGCGGUGGUAUCAGUGGCAUCGCUGCUGCUGUACAAUUCAAGCGACUCGGAUUAAACUUCCAGGUCCUGGAGCGCCAGAGAGCUAUCGGUGGCACCUGGCUUCUCAACUCGUAUCCUGAUGCGCGGGUCGACACCUCAAGUUAUCUCUUCCAAUUUAAAUUCUUCAAGAACUACCCAUGGUCUGAGUAUUUCGCAUCUGCUGGUGAGACGCGGAAGUACCUUGAUGACGUGGUCGAACAUUACCAGAUUAGGGAUCACUUUCAAUUCAACCGCGAAGUUAUCGAAGCUGUCUGGCAUGAGGAUACGAGCGAGUGGGAGCUCACUGUGAAGCAUGCUGAUGGUCUUGAGGAGACUAUCAUCUGCAAUGCUAUCGUCAGUGGCAGCGGGCUGUUUGCCACAGCCAACCAGCCGAAUAUCAAAGGCAUCAAGGACUUCAAGGGCCCAAUUUUCCACACGUCUCAGUGGGAUAGCAGCGUUGACUACAGAAACAAGCGUGUAGCGCUCCUCGGCACAGGAUCAACGGGUACGCAGCUCGCCCCCGCCGUCGCCCGCGAGACUGAACAAUUCACCGUUUUUCAACGCACGCCCAACUGGAUCAUGAAAAUGGACGGCUACCGGUCACGAGUCGAUGACCAUGUGCGCUGGAUGUUCGCGAAUAUGCCCUAUUACUGGAAUUGGUUUUGCUAUUCGUCUCAUGUGACCUCUCAGCAACUUCAGUACAUGCAGAACAUCGACAAGGACUGGCAGGCCAAGGGCGGUAUUAUUAACGAACGUAAUGACUUGGUGCAGAAGAAUUUGACCGAGUACAUCAUGUCUAAGGCAGAGGGGGUUCCAGGUCUUCUGGAGAAGAUCCUGCCAAAACACGCCCCUCUCGUGCGACGGCUAGUCGUCGACAAUGGCUUUUACGACAUGUUACAACGCGAGAACGUGGAACUUGUCACCGAUGAGAUUGAUAAAUUCACCGUGAACGGCAUCAAGACGAAGGAUGGUGUGGAGCGGGAGUUUGACAUUGUUGUUCUUGGUACGGGGUUUAAGGUCUCCCAGUACUUCUGGCCAUGCAAGUAUGUCGGUCGAAACAAGGCAUCGAUGCAAUCCCUGUGGAGUAAAGAUGGCCCGCGGUCGCUUCUACUCGUGGGCGAAAUCUGGGCACGGUAUACGGCGCUCUGCUUCAUCCACUUACUGGAGAAUGAUAAGAGCUCGAUGGAGUGUCGCAAAGAUACCUUUGAUGAAUAUAACACUAGACUCGACGAGGCAGCCAAGGACCUAAUUUGGGAGAUGGAUGGACAUGGAUACUACGUGAAUGAAUUCGGUCGCCAGAGCGUUAACGCGCCAUGGCAUACUGCUGUCUACCAUCGUAUGGUGUCAAAACCAAACUUUGAAGACUUUGAGAUCCGAUAG